UUCUAAUGUAGAUCCGAUAUUUUCUGCUGAACAGUCUCCGAUCAGAUUCUUUAAAAUGUUCAAUUUGCAUCGCGUUGCAGCUUCUCUCUGUAACAGUUUCUCAAUAUGAUGGUCGAGGAUCUUGGCGUCGAGGCUAAGGAAGCCGCGGUCCGCGAGGUCGCGAAGCUCUUGCCUCUCCCUGAUCUCUUGCAGUCCAUUUCCUCUAUCAAGGCCGAUUACAUCGCGCGCCAGCAGGCAAAUGAUGCACAACUUAGUACCAUGGUUGCAGAGCAGGUUGAACAAGCACAAACUGGUCUUGAAUCACUUUCCUUGUCGGAGAAGACAAUAAAUACGCUUCGUGAGAACUUCGUUGCUAUUGAAACGCUAUGCCAGGAAUGCCAAAACUUGAUUGAAAACCAUGAUCAGAUAAAGCUCCUUAGCAAUGCAAGGAAUAAUUUGAAUACAACCUUGAAGGACGUUGAAGGUAUGAUGUCCAUUUCUGUUGAAGCAGCUGAAGCACGCGAUUCAUUGAGUGAUGAUAAAGAAAUUGUUAAUACUUACGAGAGGUUAACAGGACUGGAUGGAAAGCGAAGGUUUGCUUUAGCUGCGGCAUCUUCUCACAAAGAAGAGAUUGGCAGACUAAAAGAAUAUUUUGAAGAUGUAGAUCGAACAUGGGAGACAUUUGAGAAGGCGUUGUGGGGCCAUAUUGCCAACUUUUACAAACUCGCAAAAGAGAGCCCCCAAACUUUGGUUCGUGCAUUAAGAGUUGUUGAAAUGCAAGAAAUCCUUGAUGAACAACUUGCUGAGGAGGCUGCUGAGGCUGAAGGAGGUGGAGCAAUGGCAUCAAUUGCAAAUCCUCGAAGAUCUGCCAAAAAAUCUACUUCUUCAAUGGCUUCUUCUAAAAAUCUAGCACAGCAGAAGCUAAAGGUUCAGGGGAAAGGUUACAAGGAUAAAUGCUAUGAGCAGAUAAGGAAGUCAGUAGAAGGAAGGUUCAAUAAGAUCCUGACAGAGCUAGUUUUUGAAGACUUGAAAGCAGCAUUAGAGGAAGCUCGAUUGAUUGGAGACGAGCUCGGAGAUAUUUAUGACUAUGUGGCCCCAUGUUUUCCUCCAAGAUAUGAAAUAUUCCAACUCAUGGUAAACCUAUAUACUGAGAGAUUUAUUCAGAUGCUUCGACUUCUCAGCGACAGGGCAAAUGAGUUGUCUAAUAUUGAGAUUUUGAAGGUAACUGGGUGGGUAGUGGAAUACCAAGAUAAUCUGAUUGCACUUGGAGUUGAUGAGUCUUUGGCUCAAGUAUGUUCUGAGAGUGGUGCAAUGGAUCCUCUCAUGAAUUCAUAUGUUGAGAGAAUGCAAGCUACUACCAAAAAAUGGUACUUAAACAUCUUGGAAGCUGACAAGGUGCAACCACCAAAGAAAACAGAAGAUGGGAAGCUAUACACGCCCGCUGCUGUUGAUUUGUUCAGGAUCCUUGGGGAGCAAGUUCAAAUUGUGCGGGAUAAUAGCACUGAUGUAAUGCUAUACAGGAUUGCUUUGGCUAUUAUUCAGGUGAUGAUUGAUUUUCAAGCGGCAGAAAGGAAGCGGCUUGAAGAACCUGCUUCUGAUAUUGGUCUGGAACCUUUGUGUGCAAUGAUAAACAACAAUCUGCGUUGCUAUGACCUUGCAAUGGAGCUGAGUAAUAGCACCAUUGAAGCUCUUCCACCAAACUAUGCUGAGCAGGUUAAUUUUGAAGAUACUUGCAAAGGUUUUCUAGAAGUUGCAAAGGAAGCUGUGCAUCAAACUGUUCGUGUUAUCUUUGAAGAUCCUGGAGUGCAGGAGUUACUUGUCAAGAUUUAUCAUAAAGAGUGGUGUGAAGGACAGGUCACUGAGUAUCUAGUUGCAACAUUUGGGGAUUAUUUUACAGAUGUGAAGAUGUAUAAUGAAGAAAGAUCAUUUAGGAGGUUUGUUGAAGCAUGCCUGGAGGAGACAGUGGUAGUUUAUGUUGAUCAUCUCCUAACACAGAGAAACUAUAUCAAGGAAGAAACCAUCGAGCGGAUGAGGCUAGACGAGGAGGUGAUCACAGACUUUUUUAGGGAGUACAUAAGUGUUUCUAAAGUUGAAAGUAGAGUCAGGAUUCUGAGUGAUUUAAGGGAACUUGCUUCGGCUGAGAGCCUGGAUACCUUUACGCUUGUAUAUACAAAUAUCCUUGAACAUCAGCCUGACUGCCCGCCUGAGGUAGUUGAGAAGCUUGUUGGGCUGCGAGAAGGCAUACCACGGAAGGAUGCCAAGGAGGUUAUACAAGAGUGCAAAGAAAUUUAUGAGAAUUCACUGGUUGAUGGAAAUCCCCACAAGGCAGGUUUUGUCUUUCCAAAGGUGAAGUGCCUGCAAUCUUCCAAGGGUUCAUUGUGGCGAAAGCUUACUUAGUUCAAGUGCCAAAUUUGGUUUAUGCCGACAAUGUAAAUUCCUUCCAGAGCCUGAUUUGAAACCUGGAUCUAAAAUAAAUUGUCUUAAUUCUGUUGAUGAUAUUUCAUUAUUAUUUUCUCCUUUUUUUUCACAAACCCAACUUUGUCAUCUCUUCCCCCAAACAAACAAGUCCUUAAGGUUUCAGAUCUGCAAGAAAUUGUAUGGAGCUUUUGAUAUGACAGUUUGAGUUGAUGAAAAAGGCGGCAUUGAAACCACAUUAUUUGAAAUAUGAUAAUCUGUUCUGUUGUUA